AUGGAAACCACAAAGCUUCAGCUGGAUAUGCACAAGAACAACUCUUGGCUCUACUGUAAGCUUGGAAUCCAAACGUUGGGCCUUGUCCUUCGAUCUGGCAUCACCAUCACCAGUCCGGACCCCAAAGCGGAUAGCCGUCUCCAGACUUCCUGGGACGCACACGAGAAAGGAACCAUCAAGGUCAUCGUGGCCGGAUUACCCCGAACCGGCACGAUCAGCAUGAAAAAGGCACUUGAAGAACUAGGCUAUGGCCCUUGCUUUCACCUCGCAGAGCCUCUUUGCCAAUUCGACAAUCUGCGACAAAGUGCCGCUAUCAUGAACACAAAGGACACGACCUUGCGCCGCAUCAAACUUGCCAAGCUGUUACAAGGCUGCGAGGUCACUCUGGAAGUCCCAGGAAGCGCGUGUCUGCCCGACCUUCUCGAGAUGUAUCCUGAUGCCAAGGUCAUCUUGACUGAGCGCACGUCCGCCGCUGUUUGGCUACGCUCGUGGCGCGGGUUUGGUAUCGAUCUGCGAUCGGACUGCUGGCGCUGGGUUGGAUACUGGGUCCCCGGUGUCGUGGCCGCCAAUGACCUCUACCGUAGCUGGAUGGACCUUUCAGCAAAGCGAUUCGGCAUUCGGCCGGAGCCAUCAGAAGAAUUGUACCAUGCUCAUGGUGCUUGGGUGAAGCGUAUUGUACCUCGUGAGAGACUGCUCGUCUUCAAGUGCCAAGAUGGAUGGGCACCCCUUUGCGGGUUCCUUGGAAGACAACGGCCGAACCCUUUCCCACACGGCAACGAGGCUGGUUACCUGCGGUACUACAAACGGGUUGCGAUGGUUCUGGGAAUCCUCUUGUGGAUCCUCGUUGUCUCCUUCGCGAUCCUCUUGCUAUUUGCGACGAUCGCAAUCGAGUAA